AACAGAAUUGGGAGGAAAGCAGGGGUCUAUCAAAUAUAAAUACCAGUAAUCCCACCGCCAUAUUGACAAUUUCUCCAUCAAAGCUCACCGCCCCUGCCAUUCCUAAGCUCUCCGAGAGACAGACAAGAAGAAGAAGAAGAAGUAACCAUGCUUGUUUAUCAGGAUAUGCUUACCGGUGAUGAGCUUCUCUCGGACUCAUUCCCAUACAAGGAGAUUGAGAAUGGAAUGCUGUGGGAGGUGGAGGGAAAGUGGGUUGUGAAAGGGGCAAUCAAUGUAGACAUUGGCGCUAAUCCUUCGGCAGAAGGCGGUGAAGAUGAAGGUGUAGAUGAUCAAGCUGUCAAAGUGGUUGAUAUUGUCGACACUUUCAGGCUUCAGGAACAACCCGCGUUUGAUAAGAAGCAAUUUGUUAGUUACAUGAAGAAAUAUAUUAAGUUGCUGACACCCAAAUUAGAGCCGGAGAAGCAAGAAUUGUUCAAGAAGCACAUUGAAGGGGCAACCAAAUAUCUCCUCUCGAAGCUCAGUGAUCUCCAAUUUUUUGUGGGAGAGAGUAUGCACGAUGACAGCACCGUCGUGUUUGCAUACUACAAGGAAGGUGCUACCGAUCCAACUUUUAUCUACAUUGCCUACGGAUUGAAGGAAAUCAAGUGUUAAAAGAGUUCUUGGGCUGAGAUAGCAAACUUCAAGCUGUUAAUCAGCUUACCGUAGAACAUCUAGUUAUGUCUAGAGGUGGUGAGAACCUAUGUUACUUUUGUUAUGAGUGUGUGUGUAUUUGGAUCGAAUCGUGUACGCUUUGGAUUUUCGGAGAAUUCGCUUGUUUGGAUGUCAUCUCACAUGCCUUAGUUUCUCCUUUUUUUUCGCGUGGUAAUAAUUUAGCUGAGAUAUUUGUGACUUGGCGGUGGCCUGAUUUGUUAGGUCGGGUGAUUAAAAUAACAUCAUUCAUAUGAAAAGGCAGCUAAUAAAUAGGAGCAUGCCGUUGCUCAGAUUCAUGGAGCAUUACCGACUGUUUUGCCCA